AUGGCAGUAGCACCCCCAGACAGCAGCUCAUCCGCCACGCCAGCCCCCCGAACCCUCCCCCUCCUCAGCCUCCCAAACGAGAUCCUCGCUUUGAUACCGCAGCACUUCGCCAACAUCGAAGAUUUCAAAGAAGCCUCAUCCACGCGCAGCACACUCCGAGCCGUCUUCUCCCAGACCGACCCGAACACAAUCCUACGACUAGCAGCCUCAUCAUCGCGCAUCUUCUUCCGCCCAGAUCCCUAUUUCCUGGUCGCCGCGACCGUGGAUCAAGUAGCUGCCUGGGCGCUCCGGAGCGAAGACAACGUGCGCGCGCUGCGUCGAGCGAUCAGAGAUGGGGUUGAAGGACUGUUUGCUUUAUGUCUUGAGGUAGCGGGGUUGACGAUGCAAGAUAUCCGUCGGCUACACAUCUCGCGCUUCCGGAUCUUCAACCCCGUGAUUGACGUCGUCGACCGGUGCGCGGGCAAACAGUGGUACGCGGUGGAUGAUUUCUGGAACGGGGGGCGGUCCGACGCCGAGACGAUCGACUGCGAGCCUGGGCGCUCGCUCUACGAGAUGGCUAUCUAUGGUUCUCUCUUCCGGUCGACGCUGGAAGCUAAUCUUCGCGGCGACCUUGGGUUCGAUCUGCAUACUAGACUUGAUUUUGUCAAGUAUUGUAUUCCGGACUGGUAUUGUAGGAGUUAUAAGGGUUUUGAGGUGGAGAUGGUUGGACCGUACAGGAAUGGUAGGGAUGAAGUGAUGCCGCGCAUGGAUCAGUACGGUAUCAGGCAUAUUCUGAAAAGCAGUACCUGGGGGCGUGAGUGGGAGAGGGUGCGUGAUGAAGUUGGUCCUGCUUUCGAUGAUGAUGUGAAACAAGAAAUUUGGGAGAAUGCGGUGCAGAUGCAGGGAUUGUUCGGGUUUGAGAUGCUCAGGCCAGGAGGUGCGGAGAGCUGGAAGGAACGUGUGAUCGAGCUAAGGGAAAAGGUUGCCAUGGCCGAUUUGAGGAAGAUGAAACCCGUGGAGAAGGACGUACAUGGUGAGAUUUCGUGGGGAUAUGAUGAGAUGUAG